UUUUGAAGCAUCCUUUUGGGUUUUCCGAGUGGGUCUGUUUGUUUUCUUGGAUAAAAUAAAAUGUGAAUUGAUUCAUUCUUCUUUGGAAUAAGGUUUUUUUGUGAGAUCUUACAGCUCCACAUUUAUCUCAUGGGGUCUGUCUCCUCAGGAAAAGUGGAUGCUUCCUAGAAGAAGAAGAAGAAGAAAGAUAGAAGCUUUAAUGUACUUCUACUCUUCCUUUUAAAAAUUCUGAUUUUUAAUCGAUCUCUAGUUGAAAGCUGAUCUUCUCUGCUAAGACGAAUCAAAAGCGUUGUUGUUGGAUCAUCUCAGUCUCAGCAGGGUUUCUAACCAUGGGGAAUGAGAAAGCUGUCUCUGGAAACACCAUACCGCUCCAUUCUCGCCCUAUAACUCGUGCCCUUGCUUCUGCUCUGCGUGCUUCUUCUAAUCUUUCAGAAGUGGUUGCUACUACUACAGUGAUCAACCAGGGAAGGGUUCUGAGAGCAAACAGUAAAAGAACAGCCUUGGAUGAUAAGAAAUCCAAUAAUGCACCUAAGAGGCGAGCUGUUCUUAAUGAUAUCACAAACGUUACCUGCGAGGAUUCUUACUCACGCUGCUUCAAUGCAGCAAAAAUCCAGGUGGAGAAUAUCAAACAGAUAAAGAAGGAAAGGGCAAGUUCUCCCAAGGUGGCAACAUCUUCUUCUACUUCAGAAGUUACAGAUGCAGAGGUACAAGUUGUGUGUACAGGCACGAGCUUAGACACAAACGAAGCAUCUUGUAGCUUUAUGGGAAAUCCGAGUUCCAAGUUGCCUCCAAGACCCCCUGGGAGAUCAACUUCUACAGUUGAAAGAAGCUGUGUUGGAGGAAGUUCCACUGUGGCAAGUAGCCCAAAAUUCAUUGACAUUGAUUCAGAUGAAAAGUAUCCUCUGCUCUGUAGCCUAUAUGCACCUGAAAUACACUACAACAUGCGUGUUGCUGAGCUUAAACGGCGACCAUCUCCUGAUUUUAUGGAGAGAACACAAAGAGAUGUGACUCGUGCAAUGAGGGGAAUCCUUGUUGAUUGGCUUGUAGAGGUCUCAGAGGAAUACACACUUGUACCUGACACUCUCUAC